AUGGCGUGUAUGCAGUGCCGCAGCAGAAAGCUCCGUUGCGACCGUGAAUAUCCCGUAUGCGGACGUUGUCAGAAGAGCAAAACCCCAACCCGAUGCACCUACGAGGAUGGAUUUCUCUGGCAGCAACCCAAUACAGUUGCUUCGCCCGUUUUCUCCGAGAGAGGUCCCACAGCCACGACACAAAUGGCCCAGACUGAUCGGGCGACUGCCCACCCUACCCCGGACUCGGGGAUAAGUAGUUUGCCGACUCGGCCUCAACCAUCCUCCAGGGACUCACGUCCCGGCGAGGAGAGACGCGAUAAGUUUCUAGAAACCGUUCUCGGCGCCCCCAAGGCCGCCGUCAACCAAGAACCUUAUGCAAAUACCAGCCUGCUGCACCGGCCGCGCCAGGUCUUCGAGCCUCACCCGGACACCCAACCGCACCCCGCCGAGGACGACGAAGAUCUGGCCUCGCCGACGCAGCAGCUGGAUAUCUCCCCGCGGAUCAUGAUGCGAGGGCGAGAGACCAAGACUCGUUACAAUGGCUCGGGCAUAUUUGCCAAUCUGAUAGCUCAGUUCCCCGACCUCAGAGCCUUUGCCGAAGAGAUCAGGGUUGCCAGUCCGCAUCUCUCGGCCUUGCGACCGGAUCUUAUCAGAGUUAAAAAGGGCCUCUGGAAGCGGAAACCUUUGAACGAGCCCUUCCCCAUGCCCACCAUGCAGUCACUAGUCACCAUGCUUCCAGCUCGCGCAGUCGUCGACGAGUUGGUCUACUUGUAUUGCAUCUAUAUCGAGUCCACCCAUCGUAUCCUGCACAUGCCCUCGUUCUUCGAGGAGCUGGAGCAGUUCUGGGCACAGCGGGAAAGCCCCGACAUGACCUCGACUGUCUUUGUGGUUCAACUGCUCUUGGUGCUGGCUUGUGCGUGGAAUCUAGCGGACCUCAAUACUCUUCAAAUGAAGAAUGAGGCGCCCCUCACCUGCUAUACUGCCAUUGAAUGGAUUCUCCACGCAGAGAAGUGGAUCGAAAAUGCCAACCUCAAGCGACCCGAGCUCGCUACCCUCCGUCUGCAGACUCUGCUCAUCAUCGCUCUGAAUAUCCAUGGCAUGAAACGCAGUCAGGCAUGGCUUGCCACAGGGACUCUCGUCAAGCGGGCUAUGAUGGCGGGGUAUCACCGCGAUCCAAGUCGAUAUACGAAGAUUUCCGCGUUCAGCAUGGAGAUGCGCCGACGAAUGUGGGCUACCAUCGUAGAACUCGACCUCCAGAUCUCCCUCGAACGAGGCAUGCCCCCUUCGGUGCAAGAAGACGACUAUGAUACCUUCCCAGCGUUGAAUAUCGAUGAUACGGAAAUCAACGACGCUAGCACCGAGCUUCCGGACGAAAAGCCGCUGGAUGUGAUGACAGACUCAUCGUUCCAGGCGGUGCUGACACAAUCUCUUCCUUUGCGGCUGAAGGCCUGCGCCUUAAUGCACUCUCCUCGCGUUAGUUGUCGGUACGAAGAGAUAAUGCGUCUGGAUUGGGAAUUGAAUCGUCAUCUUUCCAAGAUCCCCGCAUGGCCCACAUCUGAAGUUGAUGACCUCCAUCGCACUUCGGAGCGCGUAAUCUUGAUGAGGGCUCUUUUGAAGAACAAGAUCGGCCAUUCGCUUUUGUCUAUCCACACCCCGUUUGCCAUUGAAGCCCCCAGAGAGGCUCUUUUCGCACCGUCAGCUCGGUCCCGCCUCGAAGUGGCGUCGAUGAUUCUUUCCACGCAGCGCCAGCUCCGUGAGAGGUCGGCUCAGCUGUCACUUUGCAAUAUGGGAGAAUGGACCGUGCAGGCUUACUGCACCAUAUGCCAGCUCCUUCAUGAAAAGGACAACAAAUCCGCUACUUCUCUCACUCGUACCCUCCCUGGGCUCCCCGAGUCAUUAAUCUCCCUGGUGGAGACCGCCCUGACCUGCCUCGAAUCCCGCCUCCUUCUUGUGGUAAAGGGAGCGAAAGAAUACUUCUUCAUGUCGACAAUUCUGGCGCUGGUGAAAGCCACUCUCUGGCCAAGCCAGUCCCAUGUUUACAAGCAAGAAGUGGUGGAGCGUGUGAUACUAUUCGCGCAGACACUCUUCACACGACAUGGCAACUGCGCUCAUCUGGGCGACUGGGGCAUGGGCAGUUUCAAGACCAACCAGGUUCCGAGUUUGAACGCCGGCCCUGGGAUGGCGCCGCCCUUUGUUCCAGACGUAGCCGUAGGGCAACCGGGGACCUUCGGCAUGGUGCCCGCUGUAGAUCCGUUUCUCGACUCCUUUGACUGGGCCGACUUGACGGGCAUAACGUUCUAG